AUGCAUUCAACUCCAGCACGGAGAUCAGCAGCUGCACUUCAUGCGCAUCUCCUUAGAUGUCGCAAGGAAACACUAUACUUCACAAGAAACACCAUUACGAAAGUUCAAUACCAAAAACGAUGUCCUCACAUGGGCACGUGCACAGGCCUAAAAUGCGCUAAAAUUACCUUUAAUUCACUAGUCGAGGAAUUACUCGAUGCUAAUAAUUAUACGGGCAUAACAUACUGCUCUGAAUCCUGUGGCGGUUUAGGCUGCUCUUGCGGCUAUCCGUCAUCAGGAUGUCUUUUUUACAGAAUCUACCAUGUUCCCGUAGAUGAUAACAUUUACGAAGUUUUUCAGUGUCCAUCAUGGUUCGAAACAAUUUCGUUUCAGGUUGAGUUUCACACACCCAAGCUUAAGGCAUACACCUUUGAAUUGAAACCCUAUACUACUAAACAAAUCGCUAACGUCUCAUUUGAAAUUACUUCAUUCACAUUUACACCAAUCUCACUACUCAACCAACGAUUCUUCACAAACAAUAACUCAACAGCCUACGUACCACCAGAUACGGAAUUCAGUUACGCGUGCAGUUCAGAUCCACGUCAUAAUGACACGAUCCAUGACCAGACCAACUGUAUAAUUAAAGACACAUGCAACUGCAAUCCUGCAGAAGACUCUGUCAACUGCUAUUGUACCAAUAACAAUGUCUCACGCAUAACACAAUUGCAGAAUACAUUUCCCUUGCAAUACCGCAAGGACUCAUAUCCACACAAGGACACAAUAACAUACCUACUAUUACUACACGAGCAGUAUCCGUACAAUUAA